CGGCGCGGCUCAAAAUGACCUUUUUACCUUUACUUAUCCAGAAAUGGCCUUUUGUAGGCGCAGUCCAAACUUUACCAAGACAUACUAGUCUGUUGGCCUACAUCAUCUGCUGAUAUAAAAAUCCGACCUCGUCCAUACUAGCUCCGGAUAUCAGUCAACCAACUUCACUUCCUACACUACAUCUCAAAAUGCCAGAAUCUACCAUUGCACCGUCGGCUUCUGGUGAAGGCGCCGCCUGGAAAAUGAUUCUAGGAGACAACUCGACAUGGCUCAAAGAAAUGACAAAGUUGGGUUAUCGGCUCCAUCUUUUGAGCUCCGACUUUGAUAAGCUCCACGACCAAAGCCAGACUUCAAACGCAAGUCAAGUCUAUCUGGUCCUAGUUAUCGAAUCAGCUCAGACAAAGGACGGCGAUGCAGACCAAAAUGACCAUCCUCCACUCAGGGAAAAAUUCUUCAAGGAGUUGAGGACUCAUGACUGGCAGAAUGAAAUGGGACGGGAUAUUCUGUUGAAACACUCGGGCAUUAUCCUGAACGUCAGCACGUAUUAUGUCAAUGGCGACGUACAAUCCCCCUUUGCCGACUUUACUAGACUUUGCCGCAAGAAGGAGGCUGCUCCCGGGGACGAGGGGCAGACAAGGAGCCGCUUACGUGCAGUCACGUACGGAACUGAGAAUGUAGACGUCAUCUCUUGGUUUUUCAAAGGUGGCUAUCUCUUCAUUUUCUAUGAAAUUGACGGUAGAAACCAUAUUUGGCAAUUCAGGCCGAAGGAUGACUACGACUUUAUUACUCAGGCGGAGAGCACUAUCUAGGGAGCUUCCAAGCACACAAGGCCGGCAUGAUGUAAACUAGUCGAGACACAGAGUAUAUAAGUCAGUGGGAACAGUAUUUAAGUCUCAAUUUGAUAUUAAUG